AUGGCCCAACAGAUGGCCACUUGGUACGAAGCGGCCUCUCCGCAUCGGCAGGAUGUCCUGGGCGAAUAUGCUGGCCACGAGCUGUGCGCGAUCCACGGCGAGUCGUUGCUGAUGCAUUGUCUCGAAGAGGCCCAGGUGGAUUUCCAGGGAGGAUUUCAGAUGCUGCAUGCCGUCCACGCUGUCGAGACAUUUCUGGCCAAGCUGCGGGACCGAGGCUGCAAUUUCCACGUCAUCUGGUUUGCCGACCACGAGGGCCUCCUGGCUCCCCAAUCCACGCUCGACAAUGACAACGACUGCAGCCCGGUCGAGAAGCAUGUCCGGGCAACAGCUCUCAGCAAGCGUCGUCUUGCCCGUGCUGUGGUGAUGCGUCAUCUACAGCUGUAUGCCGACAAGAUCACACCGCCCAAGCCAAUCACUUUUGUGUUCGCGUCCAUGGACUGCCAGGAGUACAAGGACUACCAGGCGCUCCACCCGCUCCGGCUCUUCUUCGUGUCGGACGGUCAGAUGAUGGCCAGCCAGAGCGGCUCUGAGGCGGGAGCUGAAGACGGCAGCGUCUUGACCUUCCAGAGCGUCAUGUACCGCCUCAACACAGAGGGCUACACCGUAGCUCUUAUUGACGAUGUCGAGUUCGUCAGCUCAGAGGCCCGAGCAUCACUCUUUUCAGAAACCUCCGACCUGCCGUUUGCCAAGGAGCUCUGGCACUCAGCGCCGGCCCCCAAGACACACAUGCCAGCCAACAUUGACGUUGGUCUGAUCUACGACCGAGUCGUGUCCGAGUUUGAGAAGACAGAGGCAGAAAAGGAGACGAGCAAGUCGAUUCGCGAGCUCAUCUCGAUGGCUGCCCUUGCCGCACUCUUGGAGGUGGACGGCAGUGCGGAGAUGCGGAGCCGAGCUGCUGCAUUUAUCGUGCACCAGAUCAUGCUGCAGCACUGCCCUCUUCCUGCUCGGCCGGCGAAACCAAAGUACCCGACAAACGCAGAUGAGGCAGAGUUGGACAGCCUGUUCAUCAACAGGUACUCGGACGCGGCGCGAACGCUGGUGGGAAGCCGUCAGUGGGAAGGCAAGGAGAUCUGGGACGCAUACGACCUCGUGGACGGGCGGAUCUGGCUGUCGGUGAUGGGAGGCCUGGACACCAAAGCAGUUCCGCAGGGCCUCUCAUCCGAUGCCGUCCGGCUCUGCAGGCGGCUGGCCACAGUGGUCGGCAUUGUGGGAGGGGUGGACCUCCUGUGCCACUUCACAGACGGAGCCUGCUCGACGUCUCAAAUUUCCUCGGCUUCUGCUGCCAGUGCAGAUAUCACUCCCGAGGGCUCAGUCCUUCCGUUUUCGCACCACGACUUUGACGAGAUCCUGUCCAGUGUCUCAGUCACGACGGCCGGCCCGGAACACAGCGGCAAGGCAUCGGCUACGGCCAAGUUCUCCACACUGGAAGUCAGCCACAGCUCGAAGAAGCCGGUCGCGGGCAAGGUUGACCCCAAGGCGCAGGCGCGGGUGCUGCGGCGGAACCAGCGGUUCAUGGCAGAGAUCAUCGCGUACGCGGCCAGCCUGACGAAUGCAGCGGGCAAGGGAAUCAACCCCGAGACGAUCGUGGUGGCGCCUCCGGCGUCGGCAGGUGGCGGGAAGAAGGCCAAGCCGAAGGCGGUUGUUGAGGAGGCCAGCCGACAGAAGGCGUCCAAGGCACCCAAGGCGCUCAAGGGUAAGGCAGGAGCCAAGAACGACUUCAAGCAGAAACUGCUGGAGCAGCAGCAGGCGCUGCAGUCGUCGAAGCAGGCCGACAAGAUGGCAGCGGUCAGUGCGACGUGGGGAGUGGCCCAUGCCAAGCUGACGGCCGAGAAGGAUCUUCUGAAGCAGUACCGGGCGACGGUGAACUACUUCCGGAGCCGGGCAGUGCUGGAGCCGGACACGGCGGGGUCGGACGUCCUGCUGCUCAUCUGUAGCAUCCUGGGCCGGGUGCUGGCGAGUGAGGCGGGGGCGAAGAUACGGCCAGACAUUAGCGCGCUGGUGUGGCUGCAGCUGCAGGAGAUGAGCAAGCUGCCGCUCUCUGGCGAGGCGGAGAAGCUGGCAGAAAAGCUGGCGGGCAACCUGGGCUUCUCGCUGGCGCUGACGGCAAGCACGGCGUCGCCAACGUCGCCUGCACAAGCUCUGUUGUCCAAGGCUGCGAUGGCGGAGGUGCUGAAGAAGCUGCGGGCAACGACAUUCCCACGACCGACAGUGGAAUCAGAAUUCGAGCUCGGGUACUGCGGCCCGUACCUGGAUCGGGGCUUCGACUCGCAGGCAGACGCGCGUGCAAACGAUUUCAAGCCGGACCGAUGGCAGCGGCGGGUGCUGGAUACGAUCGACGCACGGCGCAGUCUCUUUGUGGUGGCACCGACGUCGGCAGGAAAGACGUUCAUCUCGUUUUACGCGAUGAAGCAGGUGCUGCGGGAGAGUGACGAGGGCGUGCUGGUGUACGUGGCGCCGACCAAGGCGCUGGUCAACCAGGUGGCAGCGGAGAUCCAGGCACGGUUUUCAAAAGCGUACCCGAACGGCGGGGGGCGGUCGGUGUGGUCGAUCAAGACGGGCGACUACACGAUCAACAAUCCGACGGGCUGCCAGGUGCUGGUGACGGUGCCACAGAUGCUGCAGAGCCUUCUUCUGUCGCCGGGCAGCGGACGGGGCGCGGACAGCAAGAGCUCAUGGGCGCGGCGGAUCCGGUGGAUCAUCUUUGACGAGGUGCACAGCAUCGGGCAGUCGGAAGAGGGUGUGGUAUGGGAGCAGCUGUUGUUGAUGGCGCCGUGUCCGAUGAUUGCGCUGUCAGCGACGAUUGGCAAUCCGAACGAGUUCCGGGCCUGGCUGGACGGGACAGAGAAGGCCAAGGGGCGCGACAUGGAGAUGAUUGUGCACGGGUCGCGGUACUCGGACCUGCGCAGCUACUUCUGGAAGCCGGCGACGCUGCGGGCGGAGACGCCGUUCCGGUUUACGGGCUUUGGGCCGGUGCCGAGCCGGUGGCCGAUCCCCGGCCUCGAAGUGGACGGCUGCAACUCAGACACGCCUUUUACGUUUGUGCACCCGAUGGCCAGCCUGAUGGACCGAGGACGGAACUCGCUGGACGACAUCACGCUGGAGCCGCGUGACUGUCUGACUCUGUGGCGCAGCAUGCGGAAGCACCAGACGGCGGCAUUUGCGUUGGAUCGACAGCUGGACCCGGCGGUGGUGUUUGCCGGCAAGACGGUGGCCAAGGCGGACGCCGUGGUGUGGGAGGGGAAGCUGAAGGCGGUGCUGCUGCAGUGGAUGCACGCGCCGGACUCGCCGUUUGUGGCGGUGCGAGACGAGCUGAGCGCAUCGUCCGGCAUGACAACAACGACAGACACGAAGCGAUACGGGACGAAACACACACUAGAGCUGCUGUCGGACCUGCGCAAGCGCGGAGCGGUGCCAGUGCUAAUCUUCAUCUACGACCGCAAGCUGUGCGAGGAGACGAUGCAGAGCGUGGUCGGGCAGCUAACGGCAGCCGAACAGGGAUGGAAGGACACGAGCCCGGAGUGGGCCAAGACGAUGGCCGACUACGAGGAGUACCAGCGAGCCAAGGCGAAGCGCGAGGGCAAGGGCGACAAGGCGAAGAAGACAAAGGGCGGCGGCGACGACGACGAGGGCAAGUCGCGACUGGACAGCAUGCGCGAGUCGGGCAGCGCCGAGUCGAGUCGGUGGGACGGAUUCGACCCGGAGGCGCCGCAGGAGCGGUUCAGUCUGGCAGACCACAGCAAGCUGGCCCGUUCAGAGCUGCUGGAGCAUGUGAACAAUCUGCGGUGGGCAGACCUGCCACCGGUCUUUGUAGAGGGCCUGCGCCGUGGCAUCGGUGUGCACCACACAGGCAUGAACCGGAAAUACCGGCAGACGGUGGAGAUGCUGUUCCGGCGCGGCUUCCUGACGGUGGUGGUGUCGACGGGGACGUUGGCGCUGGGCAUCAACAUGCCUUGCAAGACGGUCGUGUUUGGUGGCGACUCGACGGAGCUGAACGCGCUCAACUACCGGCAGGCGGCCGGUCGAGCUGGCCGUCGUGGCUUCGACAUCCUGGGCAACAUUGUCUUUUACGAUCUGCGGCCACAGCGGGUGUUGGAACUGCUGUCGUCGCGGCUGCCGGAUCUGCGUGGCCACUUUGCCCUCAGCACGACGCUGGUGCUGCGGACACUCGCUCUACUGCACCAGACGGCGACCGACGGAGCCGAGGCCCAAGCAUAUGCGCGCCAGUGUGCCCGCUCGCUCUUUGCCCAGACGCACAUCUACUUGGGCGGUGCGACGGCCGAAGCAGCCAUAGGACACCACUUGCGCUUCUCGAUCGAGUUUUUGCGGCGUCAAGACCUGCUUUCAGCGGCUGGCGUGCCGCUUAACCUGGCUGGUCUUGUGGGCAACCUCUACUUUGCCGAGAACGGGGCGUUUGCGCUGCAUGCGUUGCUGCGCGACGGCUAUCUGCACCGACUCUGUGCCGGACUCGCGCACGACGUGGAAGGGACGCUGCAGACGCUUGUGCUUGUGCUGGCUCAUCUGUUUGGCCGCCAUCCGUGCCGACGCCACGCCGACCGUGAGUGGCUCGAGCACACGGUGCGGCCGUCGGUCUCGGUCGUGCUGCUGCCCGCGCUGCCGGCUGAAGCGGAGGCGGUGGUACGUGCUCACAACGCGGCCGCGCUGGCUGUCUUUCGCACCUACGGCCAGAGCUACGUGCGCCAGCAUCUGGCGGCCCAGCCAGACGACCUGCUGCCGCUUACCGGACAGCACGUGCGGGCCGAGGAGACGCUCGAUCUUGGAGCUUCUUUGUCGGUGCAGCGGCCGGUGCAGCUGCGAUCGCCGUUUGCCGCGCUCUCCGGCCUCACAGACGAGUUUGCGUCGGUCCACGAUCUCUGCUCGUCUGCGCGCGCCGGCCUCUUUCUCGAGGAGUCGGCGGUGCCAUACGUGCCGAUUGCGCCGGCCGACACGGACGGCGUGCCGCUGAACGCGUACCUGUACGACUUUUUCCGGCACGGCGACAUGGCCGUGCUCGUCAAGGCCAACGGCAUCAAGGACGGCGACGUGUGGUACUACCUGCGCGACUUUGCCCGCGUCCUGACGACGGUGGUUAGCAGCCUGAAGAGCCUGGCCGACCCGCUCGCCGAUAUGGACGACAACGACGAUGGCGACGACAUGUCGGGCGACGACGAGGACCGGCCGCGCCCGGCGCCGUCGGCAUCUUCGGACGGAACGAAGACGCUGGUCGGCAGCACUGUGUCGUCGGUGGUUACGGGGCUGACGAAGCCCAAACGCAAGGUCGUGGUGGACUCGUGGGAUGACGAGGACGAUGAGGACGAUGAGGACGAUGAGGAUCAGGAGACGGUCGUGGACGAGGCGGACGAAGCACCGGGCGCCGAUCUCAGCGCGGAGGCGCUUAAGACGGUCAUUGCGGCCUUUAGCCUGCUCAAAGAGCGCUUCGACGAGAAGUUCCAAAAGGUGUGGGCUUAA